GUUUUAAUACAUUGCAUUUAUGUACAAAUGUUUAAAAUAAAAUUUUAUUUUACACUUAACAAUUUUUUUUAUUGAAACUCAGUAACCAAUUUCAAGCACUUUUAUUUAACUUUUCGAAUUGUGUAUGAAAAACUGACUAUAUAUAUAUAUUUUUAUAAUUUUGAUAUUUCAAUGUUGUCAAUUCAAUUGGAGAACGUUGUACGCAGGAAUGCCGAAAACACAGAACGUAUCAUGAGGAACGCCAUUGGCUAUGUGGUGUCGAAUAAUGCCUUAGGAACUGUGGUACAAUCUACAUUCGAUAACAGCACUUCUGGUGGAAUAACUAAAUUGAUUAGCGGAGUACUAGUACCAACAGCUCGCAGCGCUGUGCGGGACUUAGACUCCACCAAUGAUUUGGCCUUUCUUCGUAUUGCUACACGAAAAUUUGAAUAUUUAGUCGCACCGGAAAAGGAAUUCACAAUUGUUGUGAUGCAAUAAAACUUCAUCGUUUCGUUAUUUAA